AUGAAUAAUAAUUUACAUAAUCUGCCAAAUGAACUUGGUACCGUGUCAAAUUUAAAAGCUCUGCAAGUUUCUGAUAAUCCUUUGAUAUAUCCAAAGAGGCCUAUUACAGUAUCUGGUACAAAGACCAUAAAAAACUUUCUAAAAACACAAUAUGAAAACGAACAAGCCAAAAAGCAAAUAGAAGAAGAUGAUACAGAUGAUACAGAUAAAAAUAUAAGAUCAGACAGUUCCAUAACUAAUGAAGAAGAAUUCAAGAGAAACGAACAACUGAUAAAGGUAACAGAAAUGGAGAGUUAUAAUUACACAGGUACAUUCGUUAAACCAAGUCAAGGAUCUAACAGACCAUCUAGCCAAAAUUCAACAGUUAGGAUAAUCAGAAAAAAAAUAUCAGAUGACCAAGCUUUUAAUCCAGAUCUAAAAAUAAAACAGUUGCUCUCACCGGAAUUAGUGAAAUGUAAGAGGGAUACAGAUAAAACAAAAAUAAUACAUAACAUAAAAGAUUACUAG